AAGAUUUCGACACGUGUGAGAUGAAAUGGUCUUUUCGCCCUGCCGGUGUGUGUUUCAAGAAUCUGAUGCUUCCAAAUUUUCCUCUCUUCUUUCUUUUUCUUCUGCUUCCUCGUUCUUCAGCCACUGUACUAAACACCUCUGAAGGAGAGGAAAUGUGUCCAGCGGUGAGGGGAGUGAUAUUGGAUCACUCGCUUGUACUCGACCCAGGAAACGUCGCGUCGUUUACGCCGGCCGCAAAGUCUCUGCUCCGCAGACUACGCUAUUCCAAGAUCCGUACGGGAGUUUCCUAUGGAUCAGGCCUUUCAUCUGAUAAGGUUAAUCUUCUGAAAAGUGUAGCCGAGCCAUACUCAUGUGAUUGUCUUCUCUUGAGUGGAUGUUCCACGGAUGCAGCUGUAGGUGAGAUUACUUGUGCAUGGGGUGAUAUCAGAGGGAGUAUUUUGUAUCUUGCUCCUAAACUGGAUGCUCUUCAUAAAAUAAGUUGUAGGUGGCUGACAAUUAAGGAUGUUGAAGUAACCAAUGCAUGUCCAAAUUCAAGCAGGCUUGAUAUUGACAAACUAGAAGAGCUACCUCUCACUAUUUGUCGUUUAAAUAAAAAGGCAAUAGAGAGUGAUGUUGUGAUGGUUGGUUACAUUAUGAAGCCUUCUCGUGAAGAAGAUUUUGCAAAGAGGGGUGCAUUACCAAUGUGUCCAACUCCAAAUGGAUUGAUGUUUCUGCCCCUGACUUUUGACCUUUGUCUUCCAUUACAAUUAGAAGAUGUUGAUGUUGUUCUCCAUAAAGCAACUGAUGAAAUUGUAUCAAUUGAUUUAAGCUGCCAAGCAGAAUCCUCCUACAAAAUUACUUACACCCCAGGCAUGCAAGAAUUGCAAAGGCACAUUGAAUGUCACUCUCAUUGCUCUGUGGUUGACCCACUUAAGAACAUUUACCCUGUACUGGAUCGGCUAACAAUCCAACAAAUUCUACUUGGACUAGAAGGUCUCAAGAUAGAAGGGCGCAGUGCAAUUAGGGGCCCCCACUUUCUCAAGGUCUUAUGCCCAAAUGAUAUAACUACCUGCCCAAGAACCAAGGAGUUAUAAUAUUUGCUAUUUGAAAGUAGUUGGUUGUUGGCUUUUGCUGGAUAAGAGUUGGUUAUUUUUGCUAGUUGAAAUAGCUGGUCAUGAGUUCUAGACAUGGAGUUUUUGUAUCCUGUAAUCAGGCUUUGGGGACAAGAUAAGAUGAUGAUUAUUCAGUUUUUACAAAUGCUUGCAAUAAGAAGAAGACAAGCAGCAAUUUCUUAGCAAGGAUUUUUGUCUUUUCUUAUUACAAUUAAAAACUUAUGGUGAUGCCCCUAGGAAAAACUUAUGGUCUAACUUUUUGUUAAAUGGACAUGCUGAAGUAUAUGCUUUCUCCUUAGUUUUACCUACAUCUUGAGCUCAAAUAUGCAGGUUAGCUAUUUUGAUGAGCCGGAUUUGGCAAAAAGACUGCUUGAAGCUAAAUUGUCUCUUCCAAGUAUUGUGAAACCUCAAGUUGCCUGUGGUGUACCUGAUGCUCACAGUAUGGCAAUAGUAUUUAGAGACGAAGACUUCAAUGAUUUGAAUGUUCCAACUCCUGCUGUUAUUCAGGAAUAUGUCGAUCAUUCAUCCACUCUCUUCAAGUUCUAUGUCCUGGGUGAAAAUGUAUUCCAUGCAGUUAAGAAGUCUACACCAAAUGCUGAUGUUUUGAUGAAAUUAUCUGAAAGAAAUGGGCUGAAACCCAUACUAUUUGACAGCUUAAAAUCUCUACCUACUGAUACUGGAAAACAGAAUCCUGGAGAUCAAGAACAGAAUAUUGAUCUUGGACUUGUCCGAGACGCUGCAAACUGGCUUUCAAAAACACUUAAUCUGACCAUCUUUGGGUUUGAUGUUGUUAUUCAGGAAGGCUCUGGUGAUCAUGUCAUUGUGGAUGUGAACUACCUCCCAUCAUUCAAAGAAGUCCCUGAUGACGUUGCCAUACCUGCCUUCUGGGAAGCCAUUAGAAAGAAGUUCGAUUCAAAAGCAGUUGAAAAGCAAUGAAACAAGCAACUGGGUCUACAGUGAACCUGUGUCUGCAGUCACAUCUCUGGUUCUGGUCCAGAAGAAGAACACCGACAACCUUAGUGUCUUGUGGGUGAAUUAUAUGCUUUUUAUCUAGAAAAUUUAACCACAUACUCUUUAGUUUUUAUUCUUCUACUGGACAAAAUUUAAUAAUUUAUCACUUGCAAAUCCCUUUUUAUAUGAACUCCCUAAUCUCUUACUGACCAAAUAAUUAUCUACUGUACGA